GGGCGUGGCCGGUGACGCCCUGCUCGUUCAACAGCCAAUCACAACAAGAACAAUUAACUUUUUUUUCUAGUCUGUCUAGCGCUGUCUAGGCUGACAACUUCCAGUUCCUACUUUCUCUGUGCACGCCUGUAACAGAGUCAUCCUUUCGUCUUUUUAACGAAACAGCGAGGAUGGAGGACUUUACAGGAAUAAGCUCCACAACGCCGUCAGUGGAUGAGCUUCGUGAGUCAGGCCCCGAGUACGGAACCGAGGAGACGACUUCUAAACUUCUCGACGACGCAGCAGAUUUCCUUAUAGACACAAGAGAGGCUGUGCCAAAGCAGUUAGACGAGGAGAUUUUGGAUCUGGCUGGCGGGGCACAAGAUGCUAUUGAGAGGCACAGGUCCACGUUACCGCGGUUCGACGAGCCGAGUGUAGAGUCGUUUUCGGACCCAAUUCAAGAACCAGAACCAGAGCCAGAGUCUUCUGUUCCAGAACCAGAGCCCGAAGCAGCUGUGGACGACCUGGUUAGUGGUUUUGGUGAUGUCAGCGGUAAAUCUUCAAAAGUGGAAGAUGCCCCUCAAAAAGAAGAAAGGACUGCCACCGUGACUCCGAAGUCUAGAGCGAAAUCAGGCCCCUUGGUGGACCUCGUGUACUGGCGUGACACCCAGAGGUCGGGGGUGGUGUUUGGGGCGAGUCUGUUCCUGCUGCUGUCGUUGUCGGUGUGCAGCAUCGUCAGCGUGUGCGCCUACAUAGCCCUGGCCCUGCUCUCCGUCACCAUCUCCUUCCGCAUCUACAAGGGCAUCCUGCAGGCUGUGCAGAAGUCUGAGGAGGGACAUCCCUUCAAGCUGUACCUGGAGCAGGAUGUGGGCGUGCCCGCCGACCUGGUGCACAAGUACAGCGAGGUGGGUCUGCGUCACGUCAACACCGGCAUCAAGGAGCUGCGCCGCCUCUUCCUGGUGGAGGACCUGGUGGACUCUAUCAAGUUUGGUGCCCUGUUGUGGAUUCUCACCUACAUUGGUGCCUUUUUCAACGGCCUCACCCUGCUCAUCAUGGUGCUGGUUGGAGUGUUCGGCUGGCCAUUGACUUACGAGAAACACCAAACUCAGAUUGAUCAUUACUAUGGGAUGGUGAGCGGUCAAGUCAAGGACAUUGUCGGGAAGAUCCAGGCCAAAGUCCCUGGGCUGAAACCUAAAGCAGAAUGAGAAGACUGCGCUUGAGCUGGUGUGUGUGUGUGUGUGUGUGUGUGUUUGUGUCCACGUAUGUCCAUGUUCAUGUUUAAGGAAGUGUGUGUGUGUGUGUGUGUUUUGAGGGAGGGAUGAGAGAUUGGAACCUAAAGGAAGUUGUAUGAUUGAAGAGAGGAGAGGGAGGAGAACAAGGCCUUCGACAUUGUAAUGUAAACUUGUCCUUUCUUUGUUUUGAAGAGGUUUUUUUUUUUUUUUCCCUGCAGUCCUGCCAUCAGCUGAGUAACCCUCUUUAAUUUGAUGGCAACAGUUCCUGUCAUUACCAGCUCAAUGUUGUACGCCCCCGUAACUUAAAAUAAAUAAAGAAAGAAAUAAGCCUUAUUAUUCACAUUUUUGUAACCUCAAUAAGGAAAGUCUCACAACCACACUUUGUCACGAGGGAAAUGUUUAUUUGAGAUGAAUGUUUUAAUGUGUUCUUUUUUUGUUCAUUUUUCUGGUUUUCUUUUAGGAUUUUUUUUGGUUUGUUUUUGCCUGAUGUAUGCUAUCCCAGUGCAUAGUUUUCUGUUUCACAAAAGCGGUGGCAAUCUAAUUUUUUUGUCAUUCUUAAAGGGACUAAAACAUCCAAGGGUACUGUAGCAACUACUGUCACCUGUCAAGGUUUUUCUUUUCUUUCUUUUGCUUGUCAUUUUUAGGGGUGGUGGGAUGUAAACGACAUGUAGUGUGUUUUUCCUGGUAUUUGCCAUUUUACUAGUCACCCAAUACAAAAGCAAUGCUUCUAGUUUCAGCAUGUGCACUUGAGCAGUCAGUCACUCCUGUUCUCACACCAUUAAUUAAGAACCAUUCUAAAGUUUUUGUUUUUUGUUUGCGUGGAUGAAUUGCAAGAAGUGAAGCUUUUUAUUGCCUCCUCUCACCCUGUUACAGCUAACUAGAAUUUGAGGAGGAAAUGACAAAAAACAAAAAAGGAAAAAAAAAGUUUACAAAAGCUUGAAGGCAUCGCUUUUGUUUGUUUUGUUUUCUUUCUUUUUUUAUUUCAUAGUCCUGUCAUUUUAGGCUGCAGAUUUUUUCUCUUUGCUCAUCCCUGCUUUCUCAGUGCUGUCAGUCAUCAGUCAUGUGACCUUUUGUGGGCGGGAACUCACUUCCCAGCUGUGGAGGGAGAGGGGAGGGAGGGGAGGGAGGGGGGGGGGCUCAACCUGUGAAGUGCUUUUGUGAAAGUGUAAACAAGAACCAAUAAAAAGCGCCUAGGCACACCCCA